AUGACCCAUCCUGAGGGUGAUGGCUACUUAACCUGGAUGCCUCUUAGCACCGAGCCGGUCAAGCUUACUAUUAAGGUCACAGACAAGUUCUCCAGCUCCCUCUUUACCCCCAUUCUACGUAUCUGCAACUGUCUUAAUGGAGGGACCUGUCUGUCUGACAGCAUCAUUGAAAACCACUUGCAUGGAAAGUUCCAGGUGUUAGGGUGCCUAUGCCCAAAAGGGUUGAGUGGCAAGUUUUGCGGGAACAUCGCGGAUCCAUGCAAAGGCAAGCCGUGUUUCCGAGGGGUGCAGUGCCAAUCCGAUUUAAAGAAUGGGAACUUCAACUGUGGACAGUGCCCUGAUAAUACUGUGUCCGAUGGAAAGCAGGGAUACAAGUGCUUUGAGCAUGACAUGUGCUUGCCUCCUUUCACCUUCCCCUGCCACGUAGAUGCGACUUGCUCUAGUACAAAGCAAAACUAUACCUGCACGUGUAAACCUGGCUUUUUCGGCGAUGGACUUAAUUGUACAGAUAUAGACGAGUGUGCUGACAUGUCGACUUGUCCCAAUGCCAAGUUUGAAUGUAAGAACAAACCAGGAUCUGUCGACUGCUUCUGCAGAUACCAGAAUGCUAUGGACUCUGACAGAUGUGGUGACUCUGCCAAUCCACCAGGGGGUAAUGUGUUCAAUGUGUCUGUGGACUGGAGGAGGAACAGAGCUGACGGACUUAAGCAGCUUGUAAAUAUAUUGUCCCUGGGAUUCCAGAACAAAUUCUAUAAUGCCAGUAAGAAAGAGCCUGGACAGAGUCCCAGUCCACGUCUGGUUGAGUAUCGCAUUAAUAUGUCCAGUGACACACCUCACUGGUACAUCAGAGACUACCUGGCCAGAGUCAGCAGCCACUAUGACAUCGGUGCCAUAGAAGUUGAUGAUCUGGAUGAGUGUAAGGCCAAGGAGGCGGCGUGUGUGCACCCUGCCCUUUGCACCAACACUUAUGGAGGCUACAGGUGUGUGUGCAACGGCACUACUGAUGUGGAUGAAACACAGUCCUGUGUAUUAAAUAGAGACAAUAUGAACAAGACCAUCAACAACUUAGAUCUCAUACUGGGCCUGGUUCUGGGCAUUGGCAUCCCCCUGCUGCUCCUUCUGGCUGCACUGGCCUUUUUCUGCUGCUGUUGGAAGAGAACAGUGACUGGAGAUCACACACGGGAACCAGACAAUCCUCAGCCCUUCAACUACGCUGACCCAACUCUGCACUACAUAACCCAUUGCAGUCCCCGGAUUAUAGACAACAUCACACCCCGUCAACGCAUCAGAUAGCACAAGCUAAAUUUACACAGUUUCACACAGCAUGUGCAUGUUUUUUGGUGGUUUUUUUUUCUUACACUUUUGGGACACACAAUAAAUACAUAAUGCACACAAACAUGCAAAAAAAAAAAUACCACAAGCACUUUUGAAGCAGAUGUUUUAUGAUGAAGAUGGAUGACUUAUUUAUAUUGUGAAAAACAAGUAAAGCUAAGUGACUUUUGACAUUUAUUUCCACUAUGUUUUACGUGGAUGUUUAGAUUUUUGCUCCUGCUUACAACUGUUUACAAUCAAAGUCAGCAGCAGAAAAAGACUAUCUCUUGGGAAUAUAAAAGUCAUCCACUGCAGGGCCUUUGCCUUCUGGCUGAAAUGCAGCCAAGAGUCUUUGAUGGCCUCAUUAGCAUCUGCCAAAUACCUGGCAUCAAACUGCUACCCUUUGUCCAGAAAAGUUUUUAUCUAUUGCAUCACUCUUCUCCAUGCAAUUAAUCUUAAAAUCUACAACAGAACAUUUAUUUUGAAGCUAAAUUUGAAUUCAUUCUCUUUUUUUGAGACGUCAAUGUCUUUAAAAUUAUACAUGCAGAUAUUGCUAACUCUGAAACCAUGGACACUCUUUAUUCUAAAUUAAGGAUACUAUAGAUUAAAACGUUUAGGUACAGUAUGUGAAAUACCUUUAAUCAGUCACUUGAAUUUCUCAUCUACUGAACACGAGAAUUGUUCUUCCUUAAAAAAAAUAUGAUAUUCGCUCACCUGCCUUGACUCACAUAUGAUUUUAAAUGAUAUCCCAUUCUAAAUCCAUAUGGUUUAAUAUAAUGUUGGUUUCACCUUUGCAGCUAUAAAAACUUCAACUAUUGUGGGAAAGCGUUCAACAAGGUUUAGGAGUGAGUUUAUGCAAUUUUUUUCCUGUUCUUUCUGGAGCAUAUUUGUGCGGUCACACACUGAGAAGGCCUGGCUCACUGUCCACUCAAAAUCAACCAAAAGUGUUCUAUGGGGUUGAUGGCAGGACUCUGUGGAGGCCAGUCAAGUUCAUCCAUCCCAAAUUCUCUCAUCCAUUUCUUUAUAGACUUUAUUUCGUGCAUUGGUCCACAGACAUGUUGGAACAGGAAGGGGUAAUCCCCAAACUGAUUGACUGUCCAAAAUCUCUUGGUAUGCCAAAGCAUUGAGAGUUCCUUUCACUGGAACUCAGGGGUUAAUAUUUUGGAUCCUUUUAGCAACUUUAUAAUUCAGGAACAAAUAAGCACAUUACAAUGUGUUGAAGCUAUGCAAGUGGGCUAGCAUAAUCUAUAUUUUAAUCUGACCAAGCAGAAUAUCUGCAGAUGUGUUGCCAGAUACAUUGAAUAUGAUUCAAUAAACGUAUACUAUCCUAACUGCAGUGUUGGGAAGAUUAGUUUGGAAAUGUAGCUGGUUACAAUUACAAGU